GUUUAUGCUCGCAGCAUACCGAAGCAUCGCGUUCAUUUCAGUCUCGUGCGUCGUCCCGUGCGGUCGAGAAAAAACGGAGUGUUCGCUGUGUGUGACCGAGUUGGCAGUAGCCCCCCGGGUUCCGUAGUGUAAAUCCAUCGUGGAGCAGCAAUCCAGGAGUCAAGACACACAGCAUAAAAAAGCAUAAAUAAAUAAUGAUCUAGUUGUGCCCGCGAGCCAGCCGGAAGCAAAAAUAAAAAGGGAGUAAACGCAUUUGAAAGGAUUACGCGCGGCGCGUCUUUACUUCGCUGUGUAACACGGCGAAAGUGCGUGCAAUUGUCUGUGCUUGUGUAUGUAUGUGCGUAAGUGAGUGUAAGUGUGUGAGAGUGAGAGAGAGCGAGAGUUAUUGGUGUUUAUUGCUUUUCGUGAAGUGAAGUGAGCUUUUUUCCCCUCGUUCAGUUCGUUUGGGAGGUUUUCGUUCGCUGGUUUUUCCCUCCCCACAACACAUCGUUCUUCAGCCGCCUGCUAGGAAAGCAAGGAAAAUCCCGAAGUCAGCAGCGUACGCGUUCGUGUGGCGUUUUUCCCGACAGAAAAAAAAAACAUAUCUACCCAGCGGGAAAGAAUCUCCCCAUCAGCAUCUCCAACGACGGCCGAAACGUGCGUUGGACUGGUGGCGAGUUGCAGUGCACCGUGAAGAAGAACGGGAGUUGCAUCAGUUUCCCAGCGUCCACAGCGGUUCUGUGUUGCUACUGAGAAACCAGCGUCGAACGCUAACCGACACCGACGACGACGGACAGCAUCAAACAUCGAACGAUGGGAGCGCAGUACGUGCUGUUUGCGGUGUUGCUGGUACCGCUGAGUGGGCUGAUUGGGGGUGCGUACGGUGGUUCCUGCCGGGAGGCCACCCUCUGCUGCAAUGGGCGCGACUCGUCGUGCGUGGUGCAGAAGGCACCGUUGAACGCGAUCAUCGAGGACCUGAACGAUAAGCCGUGCUACUGCGAUCACGCCUGCCUGAAGCUGGGCGACUGCUGCGAUGACUUCAAAUCGCACUGUGGAGUGAUCGACUGCAUCGUCAGUGAAUGGGGCCAAUGGAGCGAAUGUGACACGGCCUGUGGCAACGGUAUGAUGUCGCGCACUCGCAUCAUUGAGCAGAAACCGCAAAAUGGUGGCAAACACUGCCCGUCGCUGGUGCAGAAACGUGGCUGCCAGGGCCUGAAAUGUCACAACCAUCACGACCGGAAGGCACUCCGAGAAACGGCCCUGCUGCUACCGGCCGCCCUGUCCAAGAGCCGCCACGAGAACGAUACCAGCGACAUUCGGCGAAAUCUACGAUUGCGCUACAAGAACGCAUUCAAGCACAACCGAGGAAAUGAGUACUGCGUGGAGUUCGAGGUAAUCAAAGCGACCAAAGCCUGCCACAAGGACAACACCUACCGUGGACUCGCCGAAGGUGAGCGUGUGAUCGUUCGCUGCGACCUGGAAGCACUGCACGAGGACAAGACGGUCGAUACGCUGUCGAGCAACUCGGUCCAGGACGACGAGGAACCGGAUACGCCCAAGUACCGCUGUCGGGGCGAUGGAUUGACGGGGCGCAACACACGCUUCACGACGCUCGCCAUGCCCGCCUGCCGGGGCAAGUGGAUGCGCCUUACCGUAGGCCAACCGAAAAAGUGUCCCUCCAACGACGCUCAGUUCAUUUUCGUCUAAGGUUAAAUCUCUCCCUCCCGUUUCAUCUUAGUUGCCCCACAAACCGUCUUCCCCGGGGGUAUUGGGACCUGAGGGUUCGAGAGCCCCAGGCCCAGACCGCAUAUCACAUACAUACAACGCCACCCUUCCUUAGCUUAUCGGCCCACUCGCACACACUCGUACGGAAAUCUCUCCAAACAAAAAAUUUGUCUCCCACACCUACCACCUCUUAGUAGGUAGCGCAUCGUUUAUUUACACCGAUCGAUCCCUUGAGUGUGAGUUUCAUUUGCCUUUCAUUUCCCCCGAAGAAGAAAACUAAGGCAGCAGGCGUGGAAAAACCGAACGCCCAGCGUAAAUUGCGGGGCGCGAACGAGGUGGCGUAUAGGCGUAUUAGAUACUAACACGAUUAAGUAAAUUGUACUUCAACAACCAACACACAGUACGAAGGGGACGCAGCAGACAGAAGAGAAAAUACAAACGUUUUAAGAUUAAAAACCUACCACACGCAAACAUUACUAAACAGUGUAACAGACACUAGAACACUUAAGGUUAAGGCGUUCUAAAGCAAGCUGGAAGAUAAGUCUAAAAAAUACAUAUACAAGGAGAAUAAGGCAGCCGCCAUACACGGUGAGUGAAAAAGGAAAGUAAUGAAGCAGAUAAUACAUUUGUUCUUCUGCUUUCUUCAGUUCAGUUGAUUCAGUAUGUUUGUUUAUUAGCGUUAUUUUUUCGCCGUCUUUUCUUCUAUCUAGUGCAGCUUUACUUUACUCAAUUACUAUCGAUAUACUACACGAAAAAAGAAAGCUACACAACAAAAACACUUGUAAGAAACCGAAGGCAAUGCAUGCGAUAAUGAUUCCCCUUUCUUAUCGAUGCAGUACAGUACACGAACAUGAACACAUCUACUUAACUGUAAAUAGUAUUUUAUUAGACUAUUUUUAUAUGCCAUUAAGCCGGUUAAAUAAGAAACUGAAGUAUUUAUUAAAAAUAGGAAAAAAAACAAUA